AUGGCACCUUUUACUCCUCUCUCAGCCAUCUGCGCCACGGCGCUCUUUCUGGGCAUGGCAAACGCAGAUACCAACAGUGAUCCUGACCCACAGUUUAAGCCUGAAAUCCCAGAUAUUCCAAAAACCUCAACUUAUUCUGCCACAAUCGGCGGCGAGACUGUGUGCCUCAGUCAGAUAAACGCUGCACGUCAACUCGCUGGACUCUCCGGGUUCUCGGAAACCCGGACAACAGAGUUAUGGCCUUCAACAGAAACAAAGAAAGAGGCUUGGAGACCUGUCUGUAGAGCUUUGUUGCCCGAAAUACCGAAGAAUGCUGAAACCGUACAAGAGUCCGGAAAGGCCUUUGCAGGUGGAACGUAUGCAUUCCUGGCAGUAGGCUCGAGUGAACCGGACUGCGCAGCCAUAGUGGACCACUGGAAGGCCGCCUUCAGCAACUUCACCUCAGCUCCUCCCUCGAAGACUAAAGGAAAUGAAGCAUACGCAGAUUAUGACAACGUUUCUUUCGUAGCCUUGUACAACCCCUCACAAAACGCCGCCGCAGACUGCCGAGUCGUUACCUGCACGACUAGCUCAGGUGCGGAUGUCCACAAUGCAGACGAGCCGCAGGCGGAAACAAAGUCACGCCAUGCGGUGUUAUGCAUGACAGCGCCAGACGCGUUCGGCGAUGGAACUUCUGAUCCGUUCACGGAAACGCAGUGGAACAAGAUUACGAAGUCCUUCUCAAAUUCUGCCUCUGCAGUGAUCCCAGAGUUAAUUGCCCUUGCUGCUGCAGUCGUCGGUUCCGUGGCCUUCUGA